UGUAAAUGUUUCACUUCUAUUUUAUUUUAAUUAUUCUGUUUUUCUAUUUGCUGACCUCUGAAGCACUUGAGCUGCAUUUUAUAUAUGAAAGGGCUUCUGACUAACAGCAUGACUUGGACCUACGGGAUUGCAAAAUACAAACACACCUGCAGCCAACAGUCAUCUGAGGACACUCUCUCUGAUUCUCCAUGCCGGAAACCUUUCGGUAGCAAACAUUUGCAUACAGCCCAACCGAACCCCACUGCUUUUUCUUAGCAUCAGUGCCAGUUGUUUGAAGAGAUUCCAAGAGCCACCUACUUCGCUUGUUCUAUUAGGGACUAUGGAAGAAGGUAAAUCCUCAUGGUCCUUCCCUGUUCAUCUCCUGAGGGCCAGAUGAGGAGCAUGUUACCCAGCUUGUUACGGGGCCGGCGGUUCUACUGCCGUGAAUGGGCCCUCGAGAAGCUACAAAGAUGCCUAGAGGUGCGAGACUCCUCCAAGAGAGUGGAGGGAACAGCCCGUGUCUCUCCAGGGAUCCUAGUGACUGGGGGCCCGGGCACGGGUAAGACAGCCCUCCUCACAGAACUGGUUUGGCCUCAGUCGGAAGCAUGCAGGGCGGCAGGGUUGGCAUCACGGUGUUUGUCCUGGCACUAUUGCCAGCGAGAGGAUGCAGGCAGUAUUGAAGUGUGGAGAUUUGUCCUGGGGCUGGUUGAACAGCUGAAGGAAAGUCCACUUCUGGAACCGAACUAUGUGAAAGCGAUAAGCAGUGCUGCUAUUGCUGCUGUCCUGGAGCCCCUCCACUGCCAAAGAGAACCUGAUGACACUUUUAAAAGUUUUGCAGAAUGGUUAACUGAUGUUAAAUACUGCACACAGAAGUUUCUGUGUUGUGUGAAGGAUGGUCACCUUUCUUUGGCCAUGUCCCUCUCUCUUCGAGCCAGUAGUUUGGGUACAGAGGAGACUUGCCAGCUGGCCCACCACCUCCUCAACAGUGGAGUUCAUGAAGGGGAACCAGCCCUCCUGGCACUGUGGUUGCUAUGGACUGGAGUUCCAGCACUUAAUGGUGCCAGAAAAGACUGUUCUUCUAGUCAUACACCUGUAUUAGUUCAGCAAGAUGUACUACAACUCUUAAUGAAAAGUGGAAUUUACCCUGCAAGCUGUUCACCAGACAAUAGCUCCAGUGUCGGGAUUCACUGUAUUGGAGGAGGAGGCAGGAUAGUUCGGCGAGCAUUACAGAGGGAAGACUCUGUGAGAGCACUUCUUGACAGUGGAAUCAGUGUGAACCGUACAGACCCAUCAGAUGGACGGACUUUACUAGCAGCUGCAGCCAAUGCUGGACAUGUAGAUGUAGCAGCAUUGCUGUUAUGCCGUGGAGCAGACCCUUUACUGAACGACAACCAGGGGCAGACUGCACUGACGCUUGCUGCCAGACAAGGCCAAGUUGGUGUGCUGCAGGUGUUGCUACAGUGGGUGCAGGAGCAAGGGAGCAAGAGUCCUGCAGCACAAGCCCUGCUGGAGCAUGUGGACAGUGAGGGAUGGACUGCUCUUCGCUCUGCUGCAUGGGGUGGCCACAAGGAAGCUGUGCGUCUACUUCUGGAAGCAGGGGCAGAGAUUGAUGGCUGUGAUUCAGAUGGCCGGACAGCCUUGCGAGCAGCAGCAUGGGGUGGACAUGAGGAAAUUCUGUUGACCCUCCUUGAUCAUGGUGCUGAAGUAGACCGCUCAGACCGUGAGGGACGUACUCCACUAAUAGCUGCAGCCUACAUGGGUCAUAAAGAGGCAGUGGAGAUCCUUUUGAAUGCUGGGGCCAAUUUAAAUCUAGCGGAUGGGGAUGGACGUACCGCUCUGUCUGUUGCUGCAUUAUGUGUGCCAUCAGCAGCUGGAGGACGAGGGCAUGGAGAGGUUGUAAGCCUUCUGUUGGAGCGAGGUGCCAAUCCAGAACAUAAGGACACAGAUGGAAUGACGCCUUUACUACUAGCCUCUUACGAAGGGCAUGAGGAAGUGGUUGAACUCCUGCUGGAAGCUGGAGCUGAUGUAGAUGAAAGUCCUGGAUCUCAUCCCUCUGCUAUCACUCCUCUUCUUGCAGCUGCAGCUCUGGGGCAUGCUAGCACAGUUAACCGUUUGCUGUUUUGGGGGGCAGCAGUGGAUGGCAUCGACGGAGAAGGCCGCACUGCUCUCUGCUUGGCUGCAGCAAAGGGUAGUAUUGAAGUCGCAAGAGCACUGCUGGACAGGGGUUUGGAUGAGAAUCACAAAGAUGACCUGGGCUGGACUCCAUUGCAUGCUGCAGCUUGUGAAGGUCACAAAAGUGUGUGUGCAAUAUUGACAGAGCAAGGUAGCAUGGCACGUGUGGGUGAGCUUGAUGUAGAGGGUCGGAGCCCUCUAAUACUAGCAGCACAAGAAGGGCACUGCAGUACAGUCAGGCUACUUCUAGACCGAAAGUCACCCAUUGAUCAUCGUGCAUAUGAUGGACACUCUGCACUCAGUGCGGCCGCUCUCCAGGGAUAUCGGGAGAUUGUGGAGUUGUUGAUGCGUAGAGGGGCAGACACUGAUGUCCGUGAUGCUGAAGGAAGACCUCUUCUUUAUUUGCUGGUCCUGGAGGGCCGUUUAGACAUGGCCAUCCUACUCAUUGAAAAAGGCGGUGUCCCUCUGGAGUCAAAAGAUGCAGAAGGGCGAACUGCACUCCAUGUAGCAGCUUGGCAAGGAGACCUGGAAGGUAUUGAACUGUUGCUGAAAUAUGGAGCUGACCCAAAUGCUAGAGAUCUUGAUGGUCGGCCUCCUUUGCACUCUGUGGCCUGGAGAGGUCAUGCAGCUGCUGGCAGGCUGCUGCUUAGGGCUAAAGGUCUUAAUGUAGACCUGGCUUGCAAACAGCAGGGUGCCACAGCACUUAGCAUUGCUGCUCAGGAGGGCCAUGCUGAAAUUGUGGCCUUGCUUUUAGAGAAAGGUGCAGAACCAGACAAUGUGGACCGUUAUGGCCGCAGCCCAGUGAAGGUAGCAGGAAAACAAGGUCAUUUCACAAUUGUGCGACUUCUGGAGAGCUAUGGCGCAAAGCCCUUCUCAGGUCUCAUACCGUUUACACCUAGUGGUGCUCCCAACAAUUCUUAUCUUUCAGCCAUAGUCAAGACCCAAGCAUCCAUUAGUUCAGGAGAAGUGGGUGUUGAUGGAGUCCCAGCCACAUCUUCUCCAUCUUCGACCUCAGUUUCUGCCUCCUGUUCCCCAGCUUCCACUGCAGAGCGUUUCCACUCCAUGCCUGCCUCACAGACUUCCUCCUCCACCUGCCACUCCCUGGCCACAGUACAGACUGUGCCUGCUGACAGCCUGAAUUUCAUCCAGCAGAUUCAACAACAUUCGCUUCCUCGUUGCCGCAGUCGGCCAUCCACCUUGCCUCUACCUGGUUCCAAUCCAGCCAGUCUUCAGGGCAGAGCUUCUAGGCACAAUCAAAAGGCUGUUCCCAAGAGCAGUCCCACAAAUGAACAGUACACACUCACUGAACUCCUGGACUCAGACAAACCCUUAAAAGGGCUUGGAUACUCGGUGGAUGGCAACUACCUCUUAAAACCUAAAACUCCUUACAUCAUCGCGGAUGUGAUAGAGAAGAGCCUCAAACAAGCUGUUGGAGUAGAUCUAAAGUGGAACUCAGUUAUGGCUUCCUUAGGGGUGAUGCCAAACCAACAGGGCCCAAUUCGACAAACAAAAAUUGGGGAAAGCCCCCCUUUGGGGUACCCACAUUUUCACUUCCAAUCCCAUGCACAAAAAGAUGAUUGGGGAGGAAUUCAAAAGACAUCCAUGUCUCCAACCAUUGACCUUUCAGCUAUUUCCCCACAUAGUGCCUUACCUAACGUGUCUGUGUUUAACAUGACAACUACUGACCCCCAGCUGAAUCUCAAACAGGCAAUUAAGCUGCAGUUUGAAGGGCCAACCAGUGCAGCACUUUACAAGCGGGAAACCCCUCUCUGAGGCAAACCUGGACAUUUGGGAGUUCAAGGAGAUGAGGGUUGUGUAGGAGAAUCACUGCACUCUGUGUGGGAGGUGUUGAGAGUAGAGGAAGAUGGCAGAUGAGAGAGUCAUAACACCCUGACUUCCACCUCUCUUCAACCCAUUGACCCCAAAGCACAAAAGAAGAGGGAAAGACAUAGGGAGCAUAGAGGAACCUGAGUUCAAAGGCUCAAGCUGUGUACAUUCCAGAGCUUUUCCUCCUCAUGCCGUCACAAUGGAGAGCAGCUGGCACUCUCUCAUACAAUCACAGGAAAAUAUUUUUACAUUAAGAGGAACACUUAUGGAUAUUUGCUCUGCUUGUGUUACGCAUUUGCAAAAGUCAACAUAUACAUACCCCAUGGAUUUUUGUUCCCAUAACUCGACAUAAAUGACACAACUUUUCAUAGACAAAAGAGCUAUUCACUCUUUCAUCUUCAUACACAUUGUGGCUCAGCAGUGCCACCUUUGUUUUAUGUUGGUGAAAUAUAAGAGCUAAUAAGAAUGCUUUUGAAAUUGGAGUGCAUCUACAUUCAGAACAGUGUUUUUGGGUGACCUGCUGUACAUUGCUCAGUCUCUGUGAUUUGCACCCAGACUUGGACUUACUGGGACAAAAAGGGCUUUUUCAAAGUGCCACUGAAGCUUAGUGGCUUUAUAUUCCAGAUAUGUUUUCAUGACUAGUGGAAGUCAUCACUAAUGUUUAUGUCUUUUAAAGAUGUGCUAAAUUUAACAUACUAUUUGUUUCAGGACAUAGACGUGUCCAUAAUUGCUAUUCCUAAUUUACCUUGAGUUUUUUAAAUUACGCAUUCUGUCAUAUUGUCAACAGUGAACCAGUUGACCUAUCACCAAGGCAAAUUCAUAUUUUAAAGCUUCAUUCCAGUUGAAUUACAGAAAGAGAUGGAAAAAAGAAAGUGAGAAGUUACAGUUCUACAAGUAGUUAGGGAGGAAGAUAUGACCUCCCAUACAUGCUCAUCAGAGGAUGACUAAAUUUAAGUUGAAGGUCUUGACGCGACGGGAGACGGUGAUGUGAAUUUUACAUUUUGCCAUAGGUAAUUUAUAAUGUUUAUACUGUUUUGUAUGUUAAAAUUAAUUGAGAUGCACUAAUUAAAACUGUAUAUGAU